CUGCUGUUCUUGCACUGAUAAAAAAAAAAGGAAUCACAGUAAGUGGUUAUUUUUUAUUUGCUUCAAACCUUUUGUAUUCCUAUUUAUACUGUUAUACAUGCAUUUGAGCAUGAAAUAUAUUAAGUUACUGCACUAUAAACAUAUUUAAAAUUGCAGUUUCAUCAUAUCUGGUGAAGUACACUGUCCUAUAUGUGGCCCUGUGGUAGUGUGCAUGAAAAAUUGUGGCCCCAUUCUGCAUUUAAGUUGCCCAUCCCUGAUCCAGAGGUUAAAGUCGCUUAAACUGAACGGUGCAUAAGCAGGUUAGCAUUAGGGUUAGUAUAAAUAUAUGGUCGACGGCUAACAUUAAGGAGUGGUUUCUGCUAAUACUUAAAAUACGCAGACACACAACAGCACCAACACCACCAAGUCAACAUUAACGACAUCAACCAGCUGUCAACUAACGCACCUUAAUUGACAGCAUGGGUCCGAAAAAAAGAGGAGCAAGAAAAAGAAAACCUGAGGAGGAAUUGGGAGGAGAAGAGGAGAGAGAGGACACGGAGGAGAAGGAGGCUGAGGAGAGAGGAGACAGGAGGAGGAAGAACCGUGGGAAUAAGAAAUACAUUGGAGCUCAUGUUGGCAUUCAAGGUGGGAUCUGGAAAGCGGUGGCAUCCUGCACAGAAAUGGGUGGCAGCAGCUUCGCCCUGUUCCUGGGCUCCCAGCGCUCAUGGAAGAGGCCCGCACUAGACCAGACGGCUGCAGCAAAGUUUCGGGAGCAAUGUUCCACUCAGGGCUUUGACCCAGCUCACAUCCUGCCCCAUGGGUCCUACCUGAUGAACUGCGGCUCUCCUAAAGAGGAUGUGUUUGAGAAGAGCCAGGCGUUGCUGCUGGAUGAGCUCAGCCGCUGCAGCCUCCUGGGUCUCAACCUCUACAACUUCCACCCUGGUUCCUCCCUGGGCUCCAUCACUACUGAGCAGUGUGUCGAGAAGAUAGCAGGAGCCAUUAACCACGCUCACCAGCAAACACCUGCUGUGGUUACAGUGCUGGAGAACAUGAGCGGUCAGGGCAGCACGGUGGGCGGAAAGUUCUCAGAGCUGAAGAGCAUCAUAGACAGAGUGAGAGACCAGAGCAGAGUGGGAGUGUGUCUGGAUACCUGCCAUGCCUUCGCUGCAGGAUACGACGUGGCUGCAGAAGGAGGAGUGAAGGCCACACUAGAUGAGUUUGACCAGGAGGUGGGGCUCCACUACCUCAGAGCCAUCCACCUCAACGACUCCAAAGGUAAACUUGGCUGCCACCUUGAUCGCCAUGAAGAUAUCGGUAAAGGUCACAUUGGACUCUCUGCUUUCCGAGACAUCGUCAAUGAGCCCAGACUGGACAACAUCCCGCUGAUACUGGAGACGCCUGGACGGCCAGGAUUUGAGUAUGCUGAGCAGAUUGACCUUCUCUACUCCCUCUGUGAGAAAAAAUAGUGAGCACUGAUGAAACUGAUGUAUUGACACUGUUAAACUGAGCCCUGUUUAACCACUGCUCGCACAUCUGUGAAGAGAACUGAAGUGUUUCGAUGGUGGAGCCUGUUGUUCUUAUACACACUUAAAACUUGUUUUGUUGUUUAUUAACGUGUGAACUGUUCCAAACAUGAGUUGAAU